AUGACGUCCUCCAUGUUGGGCUUGUUGGUUCUUGCAAGCAUCAUAGGACGGGGUGAGCUGAUCACAGUCAGUACGCCGCACAAAUCCAUCAACGUUACAGUGGGUGGAAGUGUCCUCCUCCAGUGUGUGUUUGUGACUAUUCCUGAAACCACCAGCCUCACCAUCCAGUGGGACUUUGUGUCAUCAGCCUCCCUAAAGCAGGUCUAUUACUAUCAGUCAGGAAAGGAUGUCAUUCCCAGAGCGUACGAGGGCAGAAUCCAGCCUCCCUCUUCGCCAGGCACGAACAAAAACGCCUCGAUAACAAUACGCAACAUGCAGCCAUCAGACAGUGGAGUCUACAGCUGUGAGGUUCACAACUUCCCUGAUGUGGACGGAAAGUCUCAGGCCAAUAUCGCUGUGAACGUUCUUGAGAGGCCCUCUCCUCCUUACUGCGCCGUCCACGGUGACGUUGAGUCGGGUCACCUGGUCACUCUGACCUGCCACAGUGAGCUUGGAAGCCCGACCCCCACGUACAUCUGGACCAAACUGGACCAGGCUAAGACCAGGAUGCCUGUUCUGGGACAAACAAACCCAUCUGGAAUAUUGAAAAUCACAAACAUCUCCCAAUUUCAAUUUGGGGAGUACCAGUGCAACGCCACAAAUGUAGUAGGGUUUUCCACCUGCACCAUAGAGCUGACACCUGAAGUGGGAGAUGGAGUGAUUGCUGGUGCAGUGAUUGGUGCGUUACUCGGGUGCGUCCUCAUCAUUUUGGUCGUGUGGUUCAUCGCUCACACGGUGAAGAGGCAUAGAUACAAAGCAGUGAAGGCACCAGAGGCCAACGAGAUGAAGAGGAGCUCUCGCCAGGCCCAGGAAGCCACGGAGAGUGUUUCCACGGCAACCACAGCCGGAAACCUCCAUGCUGGGGGAGAUGAGCCAGAGGCCUAA